GCCCCGCCUCGUGCCCUCAAAGAGUGCAGGCGGAACUGACGUAGGGUCAGGCCUGGGCUGUCAGGCCGUAUGUGGCGCACCCUGCCGUCACUCUGAGCUGGGUCUAGGGGUCGAGGGUGCUGGCAUGGCAGUCCUCGUCCUUCUGAUCCUUCUUGUGCAGUCCGGAAGCAAAGCCGAGAUGAGCACGGUGGAACCAGAGCCGUCCUCGGUGCCUGUGCCGACCAAUGUUAGAAUUCAGUCCUACAACUUGAACCCAGUCCUGUACUGGGACUACCAGAGCAUGCCCCAGACUCCUGUUUUUACUGUAGAGGUAAAGUCUUAUGGGCGGAAAAUGUGGAUAAAUGCCUGCAACAAUACAUCUGAUCAUCAUUGUAAUAUUCUUAAUGUUGAUGACCCAGAUCUUCCUAUAUGGGCCAAAGUUAAAGCUAGAAUUGGACAAAGAGAAUCUGCCUAUGUAGAGUCCAAAGACUUUGUCAUUUGCAAAGAAGGAAAGAUUGGACCACCUAAACUAACUGUUACACAAGAGGAGGACCAUAUCAUCAUUGAUGUAAUUGACCCAGUAGUUCAUUUAAAUGGAGAAGGGCAGGAAGCCAUGUAUGAUGCAUGUUACACAUUAAUCUACAAAGUGUACGUGAGAGAGAACACAAGUGAGACCAUAAUGUAUGAACUUGGAAGAGAUGACUACCUCUACACUCCAUGCCAAUUAAAAAUUCCAGUGCCCUCACUGAAUUCUGAGUACUGUGUUUCAGCAGAAGGAUUCUUAGAGGAUUCGAAUAUUAUAACUGAAAGGUCAAAAGAAGUUUGUAUUACCAUUCACAGUAGGAGCAUAAAAGAUUAUACUUAUAUUCCAAUGAUUGUUGGCUCACUAUUCAUACUAGUUAUCCUAGUAUUUGCAUACUGUUAUUUUAAGAAGAACCCAUGUAAGAAGAAAAACAUAAUGUUACCCAAAUCUUUGCUUUCAGUGGUAAAAAGUGCCACUUCGGAGUCAAAACCCGAAUCGAAGUAUGUGUCAUUCAUCUCCUCCUAUCAGCCGAUUACCGUGGAAAACGAGACUGGUGUCUGUGGAGAGGCUGUGUCUUCAGAGACAGUGCUGGGCCCACGCAGUAAAGGCGGCGAGGGAAAAGAGGGGUACAGCGGAGAGCUUUCCACCAAGAUCGAGGCGCUGACCCCGAGUGAAAGCAGUUCCGAUCUGGCGCUGACAGAGAAUUCUGUGCAUUCAAAUAGUAACCAGUCGGAACCCUGCAGUGUAGUUGUAAGCUCCUAUCACUCCCGAGAUGGUUCCGAUAGCGGCCUUGUGGGUUCAGGCAGCUUCAUAUCUGACUCGGAAAUCCCCCCAAGCAAUAAAGUGGAAAUAACGACCGAAGGACCAGAGCCCGCCGUGCGGAGGAGCGCCCCCACCUCCUCUGGUUACGAUAAGCCGCACAUGCUCGUGGAUGUGUUGGUGGGGGACGGUGGUAGCAAAGAGACUUUGCUUGGUUAUAGAUCUACAACAGAUUCCAAAGAAUUUUCCUGAGAAAGACUCAGACGCAGCAUCUUCGCAGAGUCUGAUUUUCGUGCUUUGGUUUUGUGACGAGAUCAUGAGCUCAGAAAUGGUGUCUAGGUGACAUUAACCAAAUGGAGCGAUGUGGUCUGGACAGAUGUGGAAAGAGCCUACAGAGACUCUUUGAAAACAAACCUAAACCUGCUGUGGCGUACGCACCUUUCCAUCUGGGGGGUCAGCAGUCAUCACGAAUGCUCUCCGGUUGGCGCUGCUUCCUGUGUAACAGGGCACCUUGCUCUCUUCGCUCCAAGAGAUGUAAUGGGGGUUUUUGCCUUUCUGUGCUUCAGUGUAAUUGUUUCUAUAAGUGGAUGUGGAUGUAUGCUUUUAUUUUUGUUUUGUUGUGAAAUGUCUAUUUUGAGACAGGGCCUUGCUGUAUUUCCCA